GCUCCAGGCAGUGCUGCUCCAAGGAAUGCAGCUCCAGGCAGUGCAGCUCCAGGGAAUGCAGCUCCCGGGAGUGCUGCCGUGCAACCACCGGUGCUCUGGCUGUGCUGGCCUGGAGUCCCAUGCCUGCCUCCAUCCCCUGCCCGGUGCCGUUGUGGCCCCGGAGCUGGAGGGGCUGCUCUGCCGUCAUGGGGGGUGCGGGGGACAGACCCCCAGAUCCUGGGGCUGGUCGGGGCUGGGACAUGGAGCCUGUGAAGCAGCAGUGGUGCUCUGUGGGGCUGCAGAGCCCGGGCUGGCACUGCCGGUGAGCUUCAGGGACCACCUGGCAUGGUGUGGGGACAAGGAGCUGGGCCCUUGUCCGUGAGGAACUGCUGACCAAGUCCCUGGAGCAGGGCUGGUACCACAACCCUGGGGCUGUCAGGCUGGGGCUGCACCCCUCAGACCGAGGGUUUGCUGGGCCCAGGGCUCCCGAGGACGGAGCAGAGCGGCAGCGGGACUGGAGACCUGCCAGGGAACCGUCCCGGGGGAGUGGGGAGAGGGAGCAGGAGCCGCCGGGGCCGGGGAGCAGCUGCAGGGGCAGCACCGGGCCAGCUGAGUUGCGUCGAAGGGGUCAGGGGUGUGGGAUGGAGCAGGAGCUGCCAGAGCCCCAGCCGGGCAGCGCCCCACCAGGACACUGAUCAGGAACGGGGCCAGGAGCUGUGCCAGCUGCCGGCUGUGGCGAGGGGCUGGGGCAGCGGGGAGCACACACUCUGCCCAGCCCGGCUGGUGGGGCGGGGGACACGGGCAGGGAGGGGAUCGCAGUGGGCAGAGCCUGCCUGGGUCUGCAGAGAGGGAUCGCAGUGGGCAGAGCCUGCCCGGUGCCCAGGGAGAGGCUGCGGUGGAGAACAUGGGCAGCAGCUGGGCAGGCUCUGCUCUGAGAGCACCGUGGAGCCUGGCUGAUGGGUCAGCCCCAUGUCCAGGUGCAGCUGGACACGGUUUUGAGCAGAGAUGCUGCGGUGAGAGCCCUGAGGCACUUGGCAGGGUGGGACUCCUGUGCCAUGGGGUUUGGUUAGGCCAUGGAGCUGCAGCUGGGACAGCCCCACCAGGGCUGAGCAGGCUCAGGCAGCCUGGGCAGGGGGCACACGGGGGCCUGGCCUGCCUGAGUGGGCCGUGCUGGUUGCAGGGGCCCUGAUGGGAGCUGGGGAUGUGAUUGCACAGCAGCUGGUGGAGCAGCAGGGGCUGCACGGGCACCAGUGCCCCCGCACCCUGAAAAUGAUGGGCAUUGGCUUCUGCUUUGUGGGCCCUGUUGUGGGCAGCUGGUACAGGAUCCUGGACUGGCUCGUCCCAGGGAACACAAAAGUUGUGGCUGUGAAGAAGGUGAUCCUGGACCAGGGGGGCUUCGCUCCGUGCUUCCUUGGCUGCUUCCUGGCUGUCACAGGGGCCACCAACGGGCUCUCACUGCAGGAGAACUGGGCCAAGAUCCAGCAGGACUACAUGGAUGCCCUGGUGACCAAUUACUAUCUGGCCACCCGUGCAAAUUGCCAACUUCUACUUUGUACCUCUGCAGCACAGGCUGGCUGUUGUCCAGUGUGUUGCCAUCGUCUGGAACUGCUACCUGUCCUGGAAGGCGAAUCGGAUGUGAGGCAGGAGCUGAGUCCCGUGGCAGUGCCCAGCUGUGCCCUGCCUGAUCCACAGGAGCCCUGAGCCCUGGCAGUGCCCAGCCCGUACCCUGGCAUUGCCCAGCUGUGCCCUGCCUGAUCCACUGGAGCCCUGAGCCCUGGCAGUGCCCAGCCUGAGCCCUGCCUGAUCCCACAGGAGCCCUGAGCCCUGGCAGUGCCCAGCUGAGCCCUGGCAGUGGGCACACAUGGCAUGGGCAGGCCGGGGCACACAGGGUCCUGCAGCAGCCCCCCUGCUCCUCUCUCAGGGGAGCACCAUCCCCUGUGGGCACAGCUGCCCCGGGCAGGGGAUGGUGCCAGGAAUGCCAGGACAGGCCUGGCUCUGCUCUCGAUGCUCUUCUCCACCUGUGCUCAGCCCUUUCCCAGCCCUGCCCACAGCGUGCUCCUGCCCCGAGUGUCGCUCUGACCUUCUCCAUGGCUCAUCCCGAGGGAAGAGAGGAGUGCAAGUGGGGCAGGGCUGGCCCUGGCUGUGCCAGGGGCACAGAGCUGGGCACUGCAGGCUGGGCAUGCUCCCCCUGAAUGCAGCGUUUGCUGUGCCUCUGCUGUGGGCAGGCAAAGCAUCAAUAAACAGAACCUUCACUUCUGAUUGCCACGGCCCUUGUGGCCCAGCGUGUCCCCAGGCCCUGAAGGUGCUGUUCCAGAGCA